AUGCCCGUCAGGAAGCAAGAUACCCAGCGAGCCCUGCGCCUCCUGGAGGAAUACCGCUCCAAGCUGAGCCAGGCGGAGGACCGGCAGCUGCGAAACUCCAUAGAGCGUGUCAUCAGCAUCUUCCAAAGUAACCUUUUCCAGGCUUUGAUAGAUAUUCAAGAAUUUUAUGAAGUGACCUUAUUGGACAAUCCAAAAUGCAUUGAUCACUCUCAGCCGUCUGAACCAAUACAACCUGUGAAUACCUGGGACUUCUCCAGCCUUCCAAGCACAACAGUGACAUCAGAAACACUGCCGAGCAGCCUUAGCCCAAGUGUAGAGAAAUACCGCUAUCAGGAUGAAGAUACACCUCCACAGGAGCACAGCUCUCCACACAUUACCAAUGAGGUGACGGGUCCGGAGCUGGUUCAUAUAUCAGAAAAGAAUCUGUCACAAAUUGAGAAUGUCCAUGGAUUUGUUUCCCAUUCUCAUAUUUCACCGGUAAAGCCCACAGAAGCUGUUCCUUCCUCUUCUCCCAUUGUCCCUGUGAUCCCUGUCCCACCAGUCCCUGCUGAGACCACUGUCAUCCCAUCCACCAUACCACAGGCAAAUCCUCCUCCAGUGCUGGUGAAUACAGAUUCUUUGGAGACUCCAACAUACGUCAAUGGCACGGAUGCAGAUUAUGAGUAUGAAGAAAUUACUCUUGAAAGGGGAAAUUCAGGACUUGGCUUUAGCAUUGCAGGUGGUACAGACAACCCACAUAUUGGGGAUGAUUCAAGUAUUUUCAUUACAAAAAUUAUAGCCGGGGGUGCAGCUGCACAGGAUGGAAGAUUACGGGUUAACGAUUGUAUUCUACGAGUAAAUGAGGUGGAUGUUCGUGAUGUGACACACAGCAAAGCAGUUGAAGCAUUGAAAGAAGCAGGAUCAAUUGUACGAUUGUAUGUCAAAAGAAGAAAACCAGUCACAGAAAAAAUAGUGGAAAUCAAACUUGUAAAAGGCCCUAAAGCAGGUCUUGGUUUCAGUAUUGCUGGUGGUGUAGGAAACCAGCAUAUACCUGGAGACAAUAGCAUCUAUGUAACCAAAAUCAUUGAAGGUGGGGCAGCACACAAAGAUGGCAAACUUCAGAUUGGGGACAAACUGUUAGCUGUGAACAGUGUUUGCUUAGAAGAAGUUACUCAUGAAGAAGCAGUGACUGCCUUAAAAAACACAUCUGACUUCGUAUAUCUGAAAGUUGCCAAACCCACCAGCAUGUUCAUGAAUGACAGUUACGCCCCUCCUGACAUCACAAACUCUUAUUCUCAGCCAGUGGAUAACCAUAUCACUCCAUCUGCCUACUUGGGACAGUCCUUGCCCCCAGCAUCACCAGGGCGAUAUUCACCAAUUCCCAAGGGAAUGCUUGGAGAUGAUGAGAUUACCAGGGAGCCUAGAAAGGUCAUCCUGCAUCGAGGAUCAACAGGUCUUGGUUUCAACAUUGUUGGAGGAGAAGAUGGAGAAGGAAUUUUCAUCUCUUUCAUACUUGCAGGAGGGCCAGCUGACCUGAGUGGAGAACUUAGGAAAGGAGAUCGUAUAAUUUCUGUAAAUGGAGUAGAUCUAAAAGCAGCAACCCAUGAACAGGCAGCAGCAGCCCUGAAGAAUGCAGGCCAGGCAGUAACUAUCAUAGCUCAGUACCGUCCAGAAGAAUACAGUCGUUUUGAAGCUAAAAUACAUGAUUUACGGGAACAGAUGAUGAACAGUAGCAUUAGUUCAGGAUCAGGAUCUUUGCGAACCAGCCAGAAGAGAUCCCUCUAUGUCAGAGCUCUUUUUGAUUAUGACAAGACUAAAGAUAGUGGCCUUCCAAGUCAAGGAUUGAACUUCAAAUUUGGCGAUAUUCUCCAUGUCAUUAAUGCUUCUGAUGAUGAAUGGUGGCAAGCACGGCAGGUAACUCCAGAUGGAGAAAGUGAUGAAAUUGGAGUUAUCCCAAGCAAACGCAGAGUUGAGAAAAAAGAACGAGCCCGUUUAAAGACAGUGAAAUUCAAUUCCAAAACAAGAGGAGAUAAAGGGCAGUCAUUCAAUGACAAGCGUAAAAAGAACCUCUUUUCCCGAAAAUUUCCCUUCUACAAGAACAAGGACCAGAGUGAGCAGGAAACCAGUGAUAUUGACCAGCAUGUAACCUCUAAUGCCAGCGAUAGUGAAAGUAGUUACCGCGGCCAAGAGGAAUAUGUCUUGUCAUACGAACCAGUCAAUCAACAAGAAGUCAGUUACACUCGACCAGUGAUUGUUUUGGGACCCAUGAAAGACAGAAUAAACGAUGAUCUGAUCUCAGAAUUUCCAGACAAAUUUGGCUCGUGUGUUCCACAUACUACUAGACCAAAACGAGAUUAUGAGGUGGAUGGACGUGAUUACCAUUUUGUCACUUCUCGAGAGCAAAUGGAGAAGGAUAUUCAGGAUCACAAAUUCAUUGAAGCUGGCCAGUACAAUAAUCAUCUUUAUGGAACAAGUGUCCAGUCAGUGCGAGAAGUAGCAGAAAAGGGUAAACAUUGCAUUCUUGAUGUUUCUGGUAAUGCGAUCAAAAGGUUGCAGAUUGCCCAGCUGUACCCAAUCUCCAUUUUUAUUAAACCCAAAACAGUGGAAAAUAUCAUGGAAAUGAAUAAACGCUUAACAGAAGAGCAAGCCAGGAAGACAUUUGAGCGAGCCAUGAAACUGGAGCAAGAAUUUACUGAACACUUCACAGCUAUUGUCCAAGGAGACACACUGGAAGAGAUCUACAACCAAGUGAAGCAGAUCAUAGAGGAACAGUCUGGGCCUUACAUCUGGGUUCCAGCAAAGGAAAAAUUAUGAAAACAGAUUUUUAUUUUUCGUUUUCUAACUGACAUCACCUACUACAUCUGACGACUCUUAAGCCCUUCCAGUGGAGCCUGCCUCUAGUUCUUUCCAGUGUGGUUCAUACCCUAACCAUCACAUUCUGCAGUUCCCAUAAUGCUUUACAUUUGGUGUCUCUCUUAGUUUAAAUAAUUUUGUAUUAUUGUGUGUUGUUGGUUUGCCAUUUUUCAAACACGACAGUGGA